GUCAAGACAGUGUAGCCAGUCCAGAGCGAGUCUAUUUUGCGCCGCUCUCCCCCGCAGUCUGGUCCCAUUUGCAUUCCGUCGUCACAAAUAGACCCGCCGUGACUUGUGGCGGCGCUCGCCUUGGGACUCCUCCAGCACCCAGCACAGCAGCAUAGAAUAGCUUUAUAAGCCUUUGGAACAGGACGCGCUCAUGGCUGCCAAGCGCAGCACGUCGCGCAUCUUCCGCGGCUCGCGGGUGGAGGACCAGGUGGCGCUGUGCUCCAGCGUCGCGCCCGCACGCGACGAUCCCGCGCUGUCGGACCAAAGCGACAACGUUUUAGGCUCCAGUACCAGCGGUUACAACACUCUGGGCAGUCCAGCACUGCUCCAGUCUCCCAGACAGACACGACGCACGAGCCAACAGACGAAAGAGCAGCUUCUGGACGAGGACGAACUCGUGGACUACGCGUCCCAGAGCACGCCCGCAUCUUCAGGUAGUGGCGCACCAGGAGCAGCGACAGCAGCCCCAGGCCCAGAGGAGACACUGCGAGAGGUCUAUUUCAACUAUGCACCUGGCAACGCUGUGUUCGACAAAUGCUCGAACGUCGUGGUGACGUCCAAGUACAACUUGGCCACUUUUUUCCCUAAAUUUCUCAAGGAAAGCUUCACUAAGGUGGCCAAUUUCUUCUUCCUCAUGGUCUGCGUGCUGCAGAGUAUCCCUAGUAUCAGUAACACGUACGGCUACCCGACCAACGCGCCGGUCUUGUUCUUCGUCAUCUCGAUCGACGCCGUGUUCGCCGUCAUGGAGGAUUUACGACGCCACAAAUCGGAUAAUGAGGCCAACUCGGCCAUAUGCCACGUAAUCCAGGACGGUCAGGUCGUGGACAGGAAGUGGGCGGACAUUAAAGUCGGAGAUUUCCUACAGAUCCGCAACCGGGAAGUCAUCCCGGCCGACGUGCUGGUGCUCGCCGUGUCAGAGCCCGUGGGCGAGCCGCCCAGCGGCAUCUGCUACGUCGAGACCAAGAGUCUGGACGGCGAGACGAACCUCAAGCUGCGCCAGGCGGUGGCCGCGACCAUGAGCUCGCUCGCGAACGCCGCCGAGCUGGCGCUGCUGCGCGGCGUCGUUAAGUGCGAACAGCCCAAUCCGCACAUCAAUAAGUUCGCAGGCAAAGUGGAGGUCACAGUGGGCGACGGUUGCGGCGUGGAGGUGAUGCCGUUAUCAGUUAAGAACGUGCUGUUACGAGGUUGCAAUCUGCGCAAUACCGACUGGGUUUUUGGACUAGUGUUGAAUACCGGUAACGAUACCAAGAUCAUGCAGAGUGCCAGUGCCGCUCCGUCCAAAUGGAGCGACUUGAUGCUGAAUAUCAACCGGAUGAUCGUCAUUCUGUGUCUGGGGCUGUUUGUCGCCUGCGCCAUGGCUGCAACCUGCUACAUUACGUGGCAGUACGACAUUGUACGCAACGCGUGGUACAUUCAACUGACGGAAACCGAGAGGAACCGCACGCGUCUCGUGGCGUUUAUCCAGAUGUUGUUCUACUAUUUCUUGCUGUUGUAUCAGGUGAUCCCCAUCUCGCUCUAUGUGUCCAUGACAAGUGUCAAAUUCUUACAGUCGCGCUUCAUGUCGUGGGACCUCGAAAUGUACCAUGCUGAAACGGACACACCUGCCAUCGUCCGGACGAUGGAGCUGAACGAAGAACUGGGCCAGAUCUCGUACGUUUUCAGUGACAAAACUGGUACACUUACGUGCAACAUCAUGGAGUUCCGUAAGUGUUCCAUAAACGGUAUUUCGUACGGCUCCGGUAUCACGGAAAUCGGUCGUGCCGCACUGGUUCGAGCUGGUAAACCGAUCCCGCCAGAGCCUAAACUGGACCCGAGUAUCAAGAAGAUUCCGUUCGUGAAUUUCGUGGAUAAAUCUCUAUUUGACAGUAUGAAAGGUAGUGCAGGAGAAGAGCAGAAGGAGAAGAUCAUGCAGUUUUUCGAACAUCUCGCAGUGUGCCACACUGUGAUCCCAGAGAAGCUCGAAUCCGGCGAAGUUCGACUAUCCGCGUCGUCUCCUGAUGAACAGGCUCUUGUGGCAGGUGCAGCCUUUGCAGGGUUCAAGUUUGAGAGUCGUAGUGUUGGUACAGCGAUGGUGGAGGUUCUGGGACAACGUGUGACCUACGAAGUGCUGGACGUGCUCGAAUUCAACAGUACGCGUAAGCGUAUGUCCGUCGUGGUGCGUAAACCCAGCGGAGAGUUACUUCUGUACACGAAAGGAGCCGAUAUGAUGAUCUAUCAGCGUUUAAAAGACGACCCGGCGAUGCUCAAACUCAAAAACAUCACACGAGAUCACAUGGAAAAAUACGCAGACGAUGGAUUACGAACACUGGCGCUUGCAGUCAAGAAGCUGGACGAGCGUUGGUUCCAGCAGUGGAAGAUGCGGUUCGACGAUGUACAGGGUAACGUGGCUGAGAUUGAUCGACGAAAAGACGGUAAACCGAACGCUAUCGACGACCUGAUGGAGGAGAUUGAAGAAGGUCUGGAGCUUAUUGGGGCCACAGCUAUCGAAGACAAACUUCAGGACGGAGUACCGCAGUGUCUGGCUAACUUGACGCGGGCGGGUAUUAAAGUGUGGAUGCUUACAGGCGACAAGGAAGAAACGGCUAUCAACAUCUCGUACGCCUGUUCUCUGCUUGACAACUCGAUCCAACAGGUCAUAGUGAACGCCACUACAUGUCCAGACGAGGCAGCGAUCCGUGCAAAACUGAAUGCUGCAGCCAGAGAGUUUUUAGACAGUGCCAAGGGGAUGGCAGGUGGCAGUGAGAAGGAGAUCUCGUUGAUUAUCGACGGCGAAGCACUGGAAAUGGCUCUGCGACCAGGAACGGCGCCACACUUGUUGUCCUUUGCGAAGCUGUGUCGCGCCGUGAUCUGUAACCGAGUGUCUCCUGCUCAGAAGGCAGAGAUGGUCAAGCUGGUCAGAGAUAACAUCACAACAGUACGGACACUAGCGAUUGGCGAUGGAGCUAACGAUGUAGCCAUGAUUCAAGCUGCUCACGUGGGUGUGGGUAUCUCAGGACAGGAAGGAAUGCAGGCUGUCAACUCUAGUGACUACGCUAUCGCCCAGUUCCGCUUCCUGGAGCGAUUACUAUUGGUUCACGGACGUUGGAACUACAUUCGUAUCUCGAAACUGGUACUCUACAUGUUCUACAAGAACAUCACGCUAGUACUGGCGCAAUACUGGUACGGCUAUCUGUCCGGCGCUUCUGGCUCGAAAAUGUACUGGGAGAUCGGCGUCCAGCUGUACAACAUCGCAUUCACAGGUCUCCCUAUCGUGGUCGUGGGUGUUCUGGACAAGGACCUACCAGCUCCAUUCAGUAUCGAAUAUCCAGACUUAUACCGUCGGGGACCGGAGCGCUUCUUCUUCAACAUGUACACGUUCUGCCGCUGGAUCGCAGCAGCCUUCUAUGAAUCUUUGAUCAUCUUCGUGGUCAUGUCAUAUGGCUUCAAUGCAUCGGAGAAAGGGGCAGGCAGUGAGUCCCGUGUGGAGUUCGGUAUGGUCGCGUUUUCACUAACUGUUCUCAUCGUGAACAUCAAGAUCUGGAUGAUCGCAGACCGAUGGACGGUGCUGUCGUUCUCGCUCUGGUUCGGUAGUGUCAUGUCGUGGUUCGCCUUCGCUGCUAUUGGAACGGAAACGCCCUACUUUGCCACAUUUAAGAUUGGAUACGACGAGUUCGGUGCGUUUGCCCCCACUGCCAAAACGUGGGGGUAUUUCCUGGUCCUCAUCAUGGGAUGUUCACUGGCUCUUGGACGGCACAUCGCGUACAAUCUGUACCAGCGGACAUUCCAUCCGGAUCUGGCUCAACUUCUACAGGAGUCCAUGGGUGGAGGUUCGCAACGCAAAUACCAGCGACGUCUGACUAUUAACCACAUGGAAGAACAGACACUGUCCAUGUCGUUGGAUGAUGUUCACACUACCGGUUAUUUGAGCGACUUUGGCCACUCGGACGCUGAGAUUCUCAAGGCUCAACACCCACAGAGCUUCGCAGCGACACUGUAUGAACAGCAACCCAAGAAGAGCGGGUCAAAUGUUGGUACAUCUACGCUCCAGUCGACGAACUCGAAUAUUACCGACAGUUACUCGGCCAGUGUAUUCAGCGAAUCGAUCUCAGAGGACGCGACGUGGGAACGAGUACCGCCCAAGAUGCUUCGCGCGACCACAGGCCGUCGCAACACUGGCUUUGCCUUUAGUUGCGACGAGGAGACGACGUUGGCCGAGUCGUACAUCGCCUCGAACUCGUUGCCACGCUCGGACGCCAUCUCGACUGCCAUGCGCAACUCCUCGACUAGUUCAACAGGAGGCACCAGCGCGCGUCGCGUCUCCAUGGGCCGCGUGCGCUUGCUGUCUUAGAACGGCGUAUUCUAACCUAAAAUCCUGCAGAAUGCAGGCUACAUCGCUCGAAAGUUCCGACAACUGGCCACGAAACAACUCGUUUUCUAGCUCGACAUGGACCCAAGCACCGCACGUGCUGUGAUUGCCACCAGUAGAGCACUGUAUUUAAGAGUGAUCUGGCCAAGAUAAGGAACAAUGCUUGUCUUUCUUGUGGAGUGUUAUCCUUUUUUUUUUCUGGGUGUGAUGGUCGUGAAGUUGCCUUUUUCAAUACAACAAAGCGC